AUGACGUCACCUCGGCGGCUGCAGCUGGGACGACAACGACGUCAGGGGCACGUAAACGACGUUCAUCACCCUCUUGAUGCUCAAGGCGCCUCCCUCGCCCUUGUCCACAAGCGUGAGGACCUGCUGCUUGCCCUGCUGGCCCACAGGGACCAGCAUGCGGCCUCCCACGCUAAGUUGUGCGACCAGGUUCUGCGGCAGCUGCGACACAGCACCAGAGGUUGCAGCCUGCCGGCGCAAGGGGGCGCCUUGCGUGGGAAAUACGGAAAUCAAUACGAAAUAGAAGACAAAUGCAAACAAUUGCGCACAAUUUUGAUUCAAGCUUUGGUUCUAGGCAUCAUGGCCUUCGUGGAUUUUGAGAUGCCACUCAUGUGCCACUUUAUUAAGCAGGAGCAGAGCGAGUGA